AUGAUGGCAACGACGAACAGGAUCACUACUACGGCCGCCGCCGGUGGGACGCCUAUCGCACCCAGUGCGGGUGCAGCUGCUGGUACUGGGGGACGCGCGCCAAGAGGAGGAAGUGGAGAUCCAGGGCGAAGCAGUAGAGCUGGGUCUCGCUCGCGGAGUGGAAUGAUGAUGCCAUCACAAGCCAUCUUCGACGACACCCCCGACCACGGCGAUCUACCCCACCACAACAGUUGGUGGCUGGACUGUGGUGCACCAUGGAACACACGGUCCUGCGCACACGCUCGAACCGUACUACCCCCGCCCCCUUCCGGCCUCGGCGGCCGUCGCGCGGCGAGUGCAGGCUCUGCGCGCACGCGCUCGCCUGCGGUGCUGCCUAUCAGCGGGAGUGGGAAGGGCACUUCGAUGGCUGCACCGAAAGAUCUGCGGCCGCUGCCUAUGCCGCCGCCCGCAGGCCCGGAUGGUGUUGGAGGGCCAUCUUCUUACGCUAUGCGGCGCACUGGGGCACCAGCGGCUGGAACUGCCUCGAUAUCUUCGUCAAACGGCGGCUCCUCAGGCUUGGGAUAUGCGUAUUCUGGCGGGUCGCCACCACCCCCACCCCCACCGUCGUCUUCCUUCAGAGCACAAAGCGUGGAUCGCGAGACGAGCAGGAGGCGCCCCUCUGUGUCUUCCGUCGUGCCUGUCCCUUCAUCUAGUCUCGCUCUUUCGCCUGCGACAGGUGCCGAACCAUCCAGCGCCGUAUCCCCCGCCAGUGCUGCUAGCUCGCGUCCGCUGCCAUUACCUCCGAAUCCGCAUUCGAAUCCGACAUCAGCAUCGACAUCACGGCCUUCCACGGCGUCUGGCUCCAGCUCGAGGCCGACCACGAUGAGAAUGAAAUCUAACACACUUCCCCAACCGCAACCGGCUGCGUCAGGAUCCCAAUCAUCGAAGCCGGGUUCCAGACCACGGACGCCGGAAAUUGGGGCCAGCUUACGCUCGCCAGCGGCAUCUUACCUAUCAACAACGAGCGCAUCCUCAUCUCCAUUUGACGGCGUGUCGGGUGUUUGGGCGCCUGUUCGUCCCGCAGCGGAUUCUCAUGGGCGUGCUUCUGAACGCAAACGGACCAUUUCAUCUGGUGCACCGCCUCUGCAUCGGAAAACGAGCGGGGGAACUACCCUGUUUUCGGCCAACAAUGGGAGCUCGAGCAGUCUGCAGCAUCGAUCCAGUGCUUCUGGGCUGAGACAGACGCCGACACUGACCGGGUCGAUGUCCUUAGGUAACGUGGCCUCGGGCCCACCGGGCAGGAAGAGCAGUCUUUCUGUAUUUCCGAGCAGUCCAGUUGCUCCUGCGCGCCCGUCUCCGACUCACUCGCGCACGCCGUCGGGUCAUGGUGCCUUCCCGCGGCCAAUGGUGCCGCCGAGCCCGGGUCGGACAGCAACCCCUAUUGUUGCACCACCGCCAAGAGGACAUACGCCUAGGGCAUCGUCCCUCUCUGGGCCCAUUAGCAUCAACAUUCCGCCGGUCCCGGUUAGAAAAGGGAGCGAGGGAAGCCGUGUGCCCUUUGUCGCACCAGGGCCCCCGCCACCCCUGGACACGAUCCCGCCGCCGCCCCUACCGCCGAAACCGGCUGGGCUGGUGAUGGGCCGGCGAAACGAGUCGCUGACGCCGUCGUCGACACGGAGCGUGCCGGCGUUUUCGUGGCGCGAGGGUUCGUCGGAUGAGAGCGAGAGCACGACUGCGCUGACGACGCCCGCGAGCGCGUAUCCGAGUCCGCUGUCUGUUGUCGUCUCGGCGCGGCGGCGGCUGCCGAUGGCGCCGAUAUCGCCGACACUAGAAGGCGGGCCGACGACCCCGCCGAUGCAUUCGCAUCCGCUCGGGGACGACAGCGAGGAGCCGAUGCUGGAUAGCGCGUUGGGCAGUGAUGGAGGGAAGAACCACUGGCUUGCGGCGCUCGAGGGCGAAGUGCGGGACAUGGAGAUGGACGGGAUGACGCUCUCGCCGCCUGUGUUUGCGACUGCCCUAGACGAGGAGGAGAGCGACGGGGAUAUUCAGGACCUAGACCUAUAUGACCGGGAUCUGGGCAUCCAGCAGCAGCGCGUGGACCGAGACCGAUCCCCGUCCCCGAUCCGCUAUGCGCGCCGGGCUUCUGUCGAUCUGGACGUCGUGUUUUCGGACUCGAGCGAGGAGGAAGACGAGGAUGAGGUGCCCGACGCAGCGAGCGUGGAGUCGCCGGCGCAUUCGUGCGCGGCUUGCUUCUUGGAUCUUGACUCCCAUGAGCAACACGGUGAGGCCGCUCGUUCGGCCGCUGCCCUGCUUUCUGCAGGCGCCGCACUCGUAUAUGCUGUCACCCAGGCUCUGAACUGGCGCAGGCAGAGUAUCGCUGAGAAAAUCAAGAAGAAUAGCAAACCCGGUAGCGUCCACGGUGCGGACUUGCGCAUCAGCCAGAUCCGGGUUUAUCCCAUCAAGGUUAGCUGUGUCGGUGUGGAGCUCAGUGAAGCUGAAUACGACAACGAAGGCUUCGAUCUGGACCGGAAAUGGAUGAUUGUCGACGUCCAGAAGAACAAGCAGCUCUCUGCGCGUGAUAACCGCGGAAUCAAGGCGAGUCUCUGGCGCCGUCUCGUGCGCGUGCUCCCCACCAUUGAGCGUGAUCCGACAUCCCCGACCGGUGGUGUCUUGCGCGUGAGCUUCCCCGACUCGCCCACAACGCCGUCAUUCGCGAUCCCGCUCUACCCCACAGCGGACGAUCUCGGCAGCUGGGAGACGCACUCCGACUUCGAUCUCUGGGGCCACGCCGGCGAGGGCUACAUCGUCCAGCACGCGGCGGCCAGCGAUGCGACACCCAGCGACACGCCCUCCGAGAUCCUGUCGGCGUACAUCGGACGCCCGGUGCUGCUCGUGAUGAACACGCCCGCGCCCCCGGCCGCUGCCCGACCCGCUCGUAUUCGACGCGGGCCGGUUGGAAUAUGGGAGCGUCGCGACGGUCCGGCCAAGGUGCACGAAAUGGCCCGGGGGAGGAGCGAGAGUGAGGCGGCGGGCGCAGGGUGCGUGGCGCCGAGUCCGAAUCAGAUCGAGGCUGGCUGGGCCGAUGCAGACGAGCCGAAGCCGCUGUGUGCGGUGGAACGAUUCCGCCCGAAUGUCGUCGUGAGCGGGGUCGUCGAUGCGUUUGGAGAGGACGAUUGGAUCGAGAUCGCCGCUGGGGUUCCCGAACGUCGACCCGGAGACCGCCGAGCGCGACAGACACAUGCCGAACAAUGCAAUGAUGGCAUAUCGCAAGGUCGACAUCAUGGCCCGACGAAAUACUGCUUGGGAAUGUAUAUGCUUCCAGUGGCAGCCAAGGGAAAACUUCGCGUUGGAGAUCAACUUGUCGUCGUGAAGAGUGCAGUCAAUCCAAGUCUAAUGGAUUGAUGGCCGCUGCGGAUUUCGUCGGCAAAGCGUUCGCCAAUUUGUCCAUUCAGAGGUCGCAUUGCCAAUGAAUCAUGAUUAAAAUUGAACAAUUAAAUAGUCAAGGAUAUACUGAAACGCCUGCCAAGAUCAGUUCGAAUGUCCCCAAGAACUAGAUGCAGACGCCGUCAUGUGACUGGACGGAAACGCGUUCCCGGGGAGCCGACCCUGCUGCUGAGUAGUCGUUUGGGAAGGGCGUUGGAGAUGGCAGCGUUUAAGGCAUUCAUCUGUGGCGAUGGCGACACUGUCUGGAUCUGCAACGGAAGCCAUCUU